AACAUGUGAAGAGAUGCUUUCUGAAAAUUAAAACCCUUGAAACAUAAAUGAAUCUAUCUGUUUAACACUGUAAGCACUAAACAUGAUUUGACCAGCUGAUACUACAUAUAUAUCUUAGAGUAUUAAAAAUAAUGUGUCAUUUAGAAUAGCAGUAUGCAUUUCUGAGAAGUCCCCAAACUAUGUAAACUUCCUAGACUUAAAGGAAAGAAAGAGACUAACAGCUGAUAUACCCUUCUUCCCUUAUACAGUUAAAUGCAAAUUCUCCUUUACAGUCAUAUUCCUGAUAUCUCCCUGCAUACACAGCUGAUACGCCACCUACUGCAAAGCCAAGCUGACAGUCGGAGCAAUGCUAGCAGCAUUUCCAUUUCAACAUCGUGCCGGAGCUGAAUAAAGGUGCUUUUUAAAAAAAAAAAAAAAUUCUCAUUGCAAGCUGACAAGAACAAAGCAAGAUAGCUGGCUUUUUGUCCUAGCUUCGAUAAUGGAGAGAAAAAUAAACAAAAGAGAAAAGGAAUGUGAAGAAAAACACAGCAACUCUGAAGGCUCUGUGCAAGACAAGGACUAUAAAACGUCUCUGAUUACUCUGAAUGUUGGUGGCUAUCUAUAUAUCACACAAAAACAGACACUAACCAAGUAUCCAGACUCUUUUCUGGAAGGGAUCAUAAACGGAAAAAUAAUGUGCCCAUUCGAUGCAGACGGUCAUUACUUCAUAGACAGAGAUGGACUCCUUUUCAGACACAUUCUCAACUUCCUUCGAAAUGGAGAACUUCUUCUACCAGAAGGGUUUCGAGAAAAUCAGCUUUUGGCACAAGAAGCAGAUUUUUUCCAGCUUAAGGUACUCUCAGAUGCAGUGAAAUCAAGGUGGGAGAAGGAACAGCUAGCAUCUCGAGAGACUACUUUCCUGGAAAUAACUGACAGCCACGAUCGUUCCCAAGGACUUAGAAUCUUUUGCAACGCUCCUGAUUUCAUUGCAAAAAUAAAAUCCAGAAUUGUACUGGUGUCCAAAAGCAGGCUGGAUGGAUUUCCAGAGGAGUUUUCGGUAUCUUCAAACAUUAUUCAAUUCAAGUACUUCAUAAAGUCUGAAAACGGUACGCGCCUGGUACUGAAGGAGGACAAUACCUUUGUCUGCACCCUGGAAACUCUUAAGUUUGAGGCUAUAAUGAUGGCUUUAAAAUGUGGAUUUAGACUGCUGACCAGUCUGGACUGUUCGAAAGGGUCAAUUGUUCACAGUGAUGCACUUCAUUUUAUCAAGUAAUCACAAAGGCAAAGGAAUCAAGCAUGCAGCCAGUAAACCUCCUUGACCUGCAGCCUCCUGGCAUCACAAAUAAUGUAUCUAACUAGCCUUGUACCACAGAGCUCGGCUGCUAAUCAAUUCAUGUGAGCUAAUGGUAUGUAAAUCUCAUAAUGACAUCCAUCUCUGGCUUACUUAAGCUGAAUGAAAAUUUUAUGCCUGAAUUUAAUAAAAAUUAUCUGCUAAACAUUGUAAACACAGAUUGAAUGCUUUAUGCUAUUUGUAAUAUAUGUUUUCUUGAUGCUGUCUUUCAACUAGAGAGCCUAGCUGAAUUUUUGUGUACUUGUAUGACUAACGUGCAUACACCUAACUGCUCUGCUGAACAGCAGUGAGAGUAUUUUCAUAUAAGAAGCAGGCUUAAAAUAUGUUUUGCUUAUAACAAAUUCAGAAUGGAUUUUAACUGGAAUAAAUGAUUUUGAAUGUUCAUUAGUGUUUACGCUAAUCUAUUGUACUGAGAUUUCAAAAAAUGAGGUUGCAAGAGGGUUUAAAAUUAAUCAACUUGAUUCUAAAGUUAAAUUUCUCAGCUCACUUAAAACCAAAUUUAGAGCUGUAUUACUACAUUAAUAACAAUUGCCAAAAACAUGUAAACCAACAAAUAAU